AUGAACAACCUUAAUGACCCCCCAAGAUGGAACAUUCAACCAAACCCAAGAGAAAGGGAGGAGGGUGGAGCGGAUGGAAACCAGUGGAAUUAUGCUUUAUUGGUGCCGAUGCUGGGACUGGCAGCAUUUCGUUGGAUCUGGACACGUGAGUCUCAGAGAGAAAUCGAGAAGGUCAAAUCCAAAUAUAACAAGGAUGUGUUCAUGGUAAAAAGUGAGAUGGAAUCCCGGUACGAGGAGACGUUAACAGAGAGGCGCAGAGCCGUGGCUGCCUUGGAGCUAGAGCUGGAGAUGGAGAGACAGAGGGUGAAAGGCUACAAACAUGCCAUGAUCUCACAGAGCCAUCAUCUGGUGGAAGAACGGAAACGCUUACAGCAGGAGCGUGACUGGUUAGAGGAAGAGAAGCAAAGAUAUGUAAAUUCUGGAGCUGGAGCAGCUGUGCUCCAUCAAGCCAUGGAUCAACAGAACGAGUGGUUCCAGAGAGCCAAUGCCACAUUGCGCGAGCUCGAGGCUCAACUUGUGGAGCGCCAGAAUGCUUACUGUUCACUAAUCCUGCCUCGAGACAAGCGCCUGGAAAUGGAGCGAAACAUGCUGCUGAAGGUGGUCAAAGAGCCAGUCACAGAAGAACUUGAUCUAGAAGCUGAUCUUAAAGAUAUCUUCAAGAGGGAUAAGCAUUGUGCAAACCUGAUGAACAUGGACAAGAGAAAAAACGGCAGUCUCAUGUGGGUGUACCUCAAGUACUGGCAGCUGCAGGUCAAUGUUGAAAGACACAAGAGAACAGAGGCCGCCAUUUUAGGUAGAAACAUUAAGCCGCAAGCAAAAUGA